AUGGAGCUUGUGUUUGAGAAUGGACAGUUUCUUGCAAAGAGCCAAAGAUCCAACGCCUUUUCUCUGCAGAAUCAACGUACCAAGUUGAUCGUGGAUUUGUACGAGGCCGAGUAUAACGAGGAUUUCAAGAAGAGUAUUCAUGGUGGUGAUGAGAAGCUUGUAGACACACAGACUUUGAAAGCUACUUCAUCAAAGACGAUGGUGGUUGAUUAUGAGAACCGUAAGGAGAUCGAGUUUAUACCUCCUGAUGAGCAAUCUGUGGUUGCUGAAAGGUCGGUUGAGUUGGGCUUUGACUCCACAGAUUUUACUGAAGACAGUGGAGGAUCAACGUAUCUAAGCAGUAGUCUAGAUGAUCCAAGGCCACGAGUCCCUGCAAGAACAAGAAAAGCUUUGGUUAAGAGAAGACGAAGUAGCGAGCUCUAUAACUCACCUGAAAAAAAGCAAAGAAACGAUAUCAACAAGAAAAUGCGUAUUUUGCAGAAUCUACUACCUAACUCUAACAAGGACGACAAUGAAUCAACGUUAGAUGAAGCAAUCAAUUAUAUGACGACCCUUCAACUUCAACUUCAAAUGAUGACGAUGGGUAACAGAUUUGUUACACCAGCAAUGAUGUUGCCUUUGGGGCCACAAUACUCUCAGAUGGGUCUACCAACAUGUAUGCAAAUGGGGGUACCACAGUUUAUGCCUGCGCCUGUUCUAGGAGCUGGUAACUCUGCUGAUAUGCUAAGAUUUCUUAACCAUCCUGGACUACUGACAAUGCAAAACUCUGCAUUUUUUAAUCCAAACGGAAACUAUUUCUCCCAAUCUGUACCGCCGUCAUGUGCUGCUUUCCCUAACCAAAUAAAAAAGUUGUCAAAUCUAGAUAAUGCAAGAACAGAUGGAGGAAUUUUCUCUGGUAAAAAAGUAUAA